AUGAGCGCAGAAAUUCGGUCCCACAAGCGACCAGCCAUUGACCAGAUGCCACCGCAGCCUAAACCACCGUCUAUCUUACGACUGAAGGACGAUUAUGUACCGCCAGAACAUGAACAAUUGGUUCGACUUACUCUCGCUACAGGUUCUUCUUACCAGUCUCCGCCAAAAAAGCCACCGCCUCCUCCGCCUCUGAAGUCACCACCCCACCCGUCUCUUUUACAACUAAUUCCUCCAUCCUCCUCCGCCAACACCUCACGGUCACCACAACCGCCGCUUGAAUCUCAACCCCACCCAUCUUUCUUACAACUAUUGUCUCAAUUCUCCUCCUCAUCAAGGUCCCCGCCGCAACCACCGUUUUCACUUGGUUUACCGUUAUCCCAGCUACAGCCGCCAGCCUUACCUGUGCCGGCGCCACCGAAAUCACAACCCCAUCCGUCUCUUCUACUGCCUUCUUCCUCCUCACCGUACAGUGGACCGCCACCAGGAUUCCAUUUUUCAAUGCCUUCAUCCUCCCGUCAAUUGCACAUGGAGAACGUUUCAACCCAAAAACCGCAGGCGCAGCCAUCCCCACCAGAACAACCGGAACCAGCAGAUCAAAUUCAACCACCAGAAGGUCAAGCUCAUGGGUCUGGUGCCAGACGGGCACGUAACUACCAGAAGCCUGGAUGGGAGUUGACCAUAGAGCCACCAUAUCCAUGGGCUUCAAACAUGAGGGCAAAAGUUUUAAGCAUUGACGAAUUAAUAUCCAAGGAUAUCCUUGUGAUAACUGGCGACGUUUAUUGUAAGGAGUGCAAGAAGCAGUUCCAGAUGCAGUACGAUUUGCUUUCUAAGUUCUCCGAAGUCGUUAGCUUCCUAGUUGACGAAAACGACAAGAUGCAUAAUCGAGCACCAGAGGUUUGGUUAAAACCUGAGGAUUUAGACUGUAACUUGUGUAAUAAAAGCAGAUGUGUUCAACCAGUGAUAUCUGACAAGAAGAGAGGCACGAAUUGGCUUUUUCUUUUUCUGGGACAAAUGAUUGGAUUUUGCAAUCUCCCUCAUCUCAGGUACUUCUGCAAGCAUACCGGCCAUCACAGAACUGCGGCCAAAGAUCGAUUGGUUUAUUUAGCUUUUAUCACUUUACAUUGUCAGUUAGAUCCUGAAGCUUCUGAUCUAUAUAAUUAA